AACUGGGCGAGGGGAACUUCUGUCAUUCAGAUACUGGCCAUAUGACUCACAUGCAACCUGCAGAGCCCUGGCCUAUAAUUCUGCAACAACGGGAUCAAGAAAAAGGAAGAAAAAUUGCGGAAUAUGUGAAUGAAGCUGUACAAUGUCUUCUUAUCCAGAGAUGGUGGACACACGGAGAGCAGCGUGGUCCUUGCUGAGUUUUGGGCUGGGCACGUUGGACUUGGUAGAGAUGGACAACAAGAUGAAUAGUUUUGACAUGAAGACCCUAUCGACGCUGGACUACCCUUAUCUCCCCUCUCUAGAGUACAGCCACAACAGUCCCCACCACCACCACAGCCCAGACAGAAGCCACUCAUGCAACCACAGCCCAGACAGAAGCCACUCAUUUAACCACAGCCCAGACAGAAGCCACUCAUUUAACCACAGCCCAGACAGAAACCACUCAUUUAACCACAGCCCAGACAGAAGCCACUCAUUUAACCACAGCCCAGACAGAAGCCACUCAUACAACGACACAUACAGCGUGUAUCAAGGUUCAGUAAACGAUAAGCCCUUAUCGCCUUCUCAGUCUAGCGACUGUAGCAUUGUCAGCCUGUCCAGACCCCGGCCUCACUCCAAUCCCCCUACUUACACAGACGCCAGCUCUCUGCUCAAUAUUGACUGUAGAGUGUGUGGGGACAAGGCCUCAGGCUUCCACUAUGGCGUCCAUGUCUGUGAGGGCUGCAAGGGAUUCUUCCGCAGAACCGUGCGGUUAAAACUGGUGUAUGACCACUGUGAUCUGCACUGUCGGAUUCACAAAAAGAGCCGGAAUAAGUGCCAGUACUGUCGCUUUCAGAAAUGUCUGCUUGUGGGAAUGUCACAUGAUGCCAUCCGCUUCGGCCGGAUGCCCCAAGUGGAGAGAGAGAAGCUGCUGCAGGCUGAGUUUAUGGAUGUGGAACCCAGGAACCCAGAGUCAGCGGACCUGAGAGCCCUGUCCAGACAGUUGUGUCUGUCCUACCACAGACACUUUCCCCUGACCAAGAGCAAGGCCAAGGCCAUCCUCUCUGGAAAGACCCACGGAAACUCACCGUUUGUCAUCCAUGACAUGAAGUCUCUGACGGCGGGUCAGUACUUUAUAAACUGUAGACAGCUCCCAGUACUGGAGCGCCAGAGGUCCGUCCUGCCCCCUGAGGAGCCUGCUGAGGAGCUGGAGCUCUCCGUCUUCCGCCGCAUCCAGUUCCGCUCCGCCGAGGCCGUACAAGAGGUCACAGAGUUCACCAAGAGCAUCCCUGGGUUCACAGAGCUGGACAUGAACGACCAGGUGAUCCUGCUGAAGUAUGGGGUCAUCGAGGUCAUGACAACCAUGCUGGCGCCGCUCAUGAACAAGGACGGCACACUGUUUGCCUACGGGCAGAUCUUCAUGACCCGAGAGUUCCUCAAGAGCCUGAGGAAGCCCUUCUGUGAGAUGAUGGAGCCCAAGUUUGAGUUUGCGGCAAAGUUCAACUUGCUGGAGCUGGACGAUAGUGAUAUGGCGCUCUUCUUCGCCGUCAUCAUCCUCAGUGGAGACCGUCCAGGCCUGGUGAACGUGAAGCCCAUCGAGGACCUCCAGGAGACAGUGCUGCAGGCCCUGGAGCUGCAGUUGAAGACCAUCCACCCAGACUGCCCCCAGCUGUUCGCCAAGCUACUGCAGAAGAUGACCGACCUGCGGCAGCUGGUGGCCAACCACGUCCGCCACAUCCACCUGCUCAAGAAGCAGGAGCUGCAGAUGUGUCUGCACCCCCUACUGCAGGAGAUCAUGAGAGACCUGUACUAAAGUAGUGGGGGACUCAGUUUAACAGCUAUGAAGAAAAGAAGACUGCUCACUGUGAUAUAUACAGUAGUACAGUAUUAUCCCAAUUGUGAUUACUAUAACAAUGAGUAGACCCUUAUAGAUCUUUAAUUAGCCUGGUCCUAGACCUGUUUGUGCUUUAGUCAACUCCUCUGUGGCUUGUAUGUCAUAACAACAAUAGUCACUGAGACCAGGCUAUUCUUCAUCAGGUUCUCAAUGAAACCGACUGUCUGACUUCAGAAGUGACCUCCAUGACAAGACACGCGCUGCCGCUCCGCUGAACCCUCUGUUUGAUAUUCAGUAAGGGGAAAGAUUGGUUUCUCGGAAGGGUCUUUGAACUGUACCACAUUGUGAAUUAUUCAUUACAGAGCUUCUCACCAUCUCGUUGUUGUUGCAGAUAUUCAGUCUUCUGCUGGGCUUUUUAAUUAAAGAGAUGAAAGGAGAAAUACUUUUAAUUGCAGGGCAUUCAUUGGAGCAUUCUACAAUAAAAUAAAGCCUGGCUAAAGGUGUAAUAUAUUGUGAAAACAACGUGUUAUCUUAAUACAUUUUGUUAAUGAUACCGAUUUGUAAGAAUAACAAUAAUAACUUCAUUUGUAUAGCGCUGUAUCAUAAAAUAAUAAAAUCAAAGUACUAAAAAAGAAAAAAGGAGAAUGAAAAAAUAUAGCUAAUUAAAAUAAUUUGUUAUAUACAGUACAUUGAGUCUCCUUGUCUUUGAAUCAUUCUAUAAGGGUUAGAUGAAUGUGAAAACAUCUAUUAGUUUCCAUUUCCUCAACAUGACCCUCUCUAAACAUGUCAGUAUAUAAUGGAUCAAUCUUUUUGCCUAACAUAGUAUAUAACAUGUACUACCAUGGACAAAUAUCCUGAGUUAUUUAUAAUGACCUGUAUAAGCAAUACUAAAAUCCUCUCUAAUAAAUACAUAAAAGUAUAGUUCAA